AAUACGAACAGCGUGCACGAGAUCGUGCUCAUCGUGAACAGCUAGAAGAGGAGGAAGAGCAAAGACGUAAAGGUCUAAAACCUAAACCAGCUGACGAUGUUUUGGAUGAAGAGAAAGAAGAAAAGCCACAAGAAGAUGAAUUCGAGGCGCGCGUGUCGAAUAAAAC